UCGAAAUUAAAUAGCUCAUCAGGCUAGCACACGCCUGAGGAGCUACAUAAAACCACCUGAAAUUAGAGAGAGAAAAUUUCCCCUCAUUCCUAUCGAUUUCAUCGCCCCUAUUGGACCAAUGAGUCAGGAUCUGAAUACUCAUAGUGGCUGGAUCUGAAUACUCAUAGUAGCUGUUGAUUUCAUUGACAAGUGCGACAAACUAUCGAUUGGAGGACAGAGGCUUCAUUUCUAUUCUGCUAUCUCCAUUGCUUCCUCCACUCGUGGUGGCUGCUGUUGCAGCCAGGUUGAGCUAUUCCAUCUACAGUCAUCAGCAGGCCAAUCUGAAAUCGGAGCUUGGAACCCGAGCGCCAACAGAAGCAGGGGACGCGUGUGAACAUUGACGCUCCCUUGCAAAUCUGUAAAAGUCUCUUAUUUUCAGCAAUUUGACUUCCGAUUUAAACUUGGUAAUUGUUUGUUCAGGGAAUGGAACAAGUAGAAUCAUCCGAGUGAAAUUAUAAAGGGUAAGUUAUGAUUUUUGCAGCAGCGCAUUCAAGUUUUGGGUUCGCCCGAAUAUGGCCAACAAACAGGUACCGGCCUCACUCAAGUGAGGUGGUCAUGUUGAACCAAGUUCCAAAUCAAAGUGCAUCUGACUUUACAUCAAUAACCCGACAACAUGGGAAAAAGUGUGAGCUUUUUGAUUUGUGUAAAACGCUAGUGCCAUAUGGAGAUGCUUGGAAUUGGCAAAAAGACAUUGUUAAGGAGAAAAAAGCAAUGAUUGAAAGGAAUGAAGAAUUCCCAGAUACACUGAUAGUUUUACAGCAUCGUCCUGUGUAUACCUUGGGUACAGGUAGUUCUGUAGGGUACCUGAAUUUUGAUGUAAAGGAUGCGCCUUUUGAGGUUUAUCGAACUGAACGAGGAGGAGAAGUUACUUAUCAUGGGCCGGGCCAGCUAGUUAUGUACCCAAUUAUCAAUCUCCGAAAUCACGAGAUGGAUCUCCAUUGGUACCUCAGGGCGCUUGAGGAGGUGGUUAUUCGUGUUCUUGCCUCAACUUUCUCCAUUGAGGCCUCCCGCGUUGAGGGUUUAACUGGAGUCUGGGUUGGAGAUGAGAAAGUGGCUGCAAUUGGGAUUAAAGUAUCUCAGUGGAUAACAUAUCAUGGUUUGGCACUGAAUGUCACUACAGAUUUGACACCCUUUAAUUGGAUUGUCCCUUGUGGGAUCAGGAACCGAAAGGUCGGAAGCAUCAAGGGAUUGUUGCUACAACAAAUAGAUUCAUGUUUAUAUGAAAAUGGAGAUGAUCCAGAAUUUGUUGAUUCCCAUUUGAUUGAUACUACUUACAAAUCAUUGGUCAGGGAAUUUUCUGAUAUUUUCCAGCUUAAUAUCUAUCAUAAAACUGUGUCCAGCUUGGAAUUUUUGAAGAAGAAACCAUUAAAAAAGCUCACUGAUGAGUGAGUAUUUAACUGGAGGCUCAUCCGAAACCUUGAUACUCAAGGAAUCAUCUGGCCGGCCUGUGGGAAUAUGUUCACUAAUGACCAGAAGCAAACCAUACCUAAUUUUGAAGUGGUUUCUCCAAAUUCUGGUAAGCACCAAGUACACAGUAGAGAAUGGAAUUCCGCUAUUCUUAGCUUUCAAAGCCACUGAACAAUUUAUUAGUAGAAAUUUAACCAUGUGACAGAAAUGGUCAAAUGAACUGUGGCACAUAAGGGCAUUUAUUAGAGCCUCAUAAACUAUUGGUAUUACUGAAAAAAAAAAAAAAAAAUAGAAGGAUUAUAGGGAAACAAUUUCUUAUAGUUCCCUGUAGUUCGAAAAGAAAUAUCAUAUGUAGAUUCUACAAGCACUAUAGCAUCAGGAUUUGAAAUCAUGAUCUCAUUCAAUUAUUUAUUUAUAGUACAAUAUCUAACCUCCUUGAAUGUUA